UGCAGACGAAAUUCAGUCGUUUUCAAGAUGGCAGAGGAAUCAACCCAUACAGAUUCAACCAGCAAUUCUCUUGACAACGUUUUUAAACGUUUACCAAGACCCCAGCGAGCGUUAGUGCCGCACCGCCCAAUAUUGCCUACCCGAACAUCACUUCUUAUGAUCAAGAAUGAGGGCGAGUCGCAAGGAGUACCAAGUCCCGUGAAAUCAGCUACAGGGUCUGCACUCAGCCCACCGUUGAAGUCCCCCGCAAACAGAAAGCCGUCAUUAUCGGCCCUACACCCAACAUCGCCGACUGACUAUGCCAACCCAGAAGUUUUGCAAAACCUUCAUCCGAUAUAUACGCUUGGAAAAUUCUCCCAAGAUGGUACUGAAUGGACUGUGAGGGCUCAGCGUGGCCGAUAUGGUUUGAUAAUGGUACAGAAGUUGAACCGCGGACCUGGCACGACUGUCGAGUCCAUCCUCCCGUAUCUGCGUCACAAGAAUAUAACAAAAGCAUUGCAUUAUACUUGGAUAAAUGGUCAAAUGUACCUUUCAAUUGAGUAUUGCAGGUUCACGCUAGCUGAACUGAUCCAUGUGCACCUCGAGUUCGAGGAGUAUCAUAUCAAACACAUCGCCCAAUCGAUAUUCAGCGCAAUUGCUUACAUUGCGAGCCUUCAUAUCACACACCAUAAGGUGACCACCAAAUCAAUUCGUGUCACAACCCCGGAUCUACGUAUUGUCUUGUCAGAUUUCGAGUCGGCGACGAAAAACGAAAUAGACCAGCAUUGUGAUCUCUUUGAUCUCGGCAUAGUGCUUUUGGAAUGUAUGGACGGUCGCCUACACCCCGUAGAAAAGCGAACUAUAGAAUUCAUAAGAGACCAAAGAUCGCGUAAUCAAGUCUUUAGUCUUCAAAAUCCAGAAAAAUGGAGUGGUUGCAAGAUUCUAAUAGACUUUUUGGAUGAUAUAUUCGGAUUGGAAAGAUCUUGUAUCUCCAAGACUUCAAGACCGCAUCGAUACGUUUCAUCUUUCAGGGAUGAAAAGGAGUGUAUGAGGCCAUAUGUUGAGCUUGCUACGCUAGAAUGUUUUACUUUAUGGACGCCUGGUGAAAGGAGCAAUCUCGUAUAAGGUGUGAAUGUAUAUCCUUCGUUGGUCAAGAGAAAUCAUAUGGCACAGACUCUCUACUUACUAUAACGUGCUUCCCUGGGUCGGGAGACAACCGCCGUCGCGAGACGCUUUGCAAACCGGACCUCCGGCAUGCUUGCUUCGGGAGCUGGCGAAGCUGCAACUGCGAUGCAUCGAUUUUACAGCUAUCUUCUCCUUAGCAAACGAGUCUCCGAUAGAAAUUGAUGCAAUGUUGGACGUGCUGUUGUUCAUUUCAUAAGCGCAAAAAACGAGUCCUCCUAC